AUGGCAAUGGCGCCGAGCUCGCCCCGGCUGCCCAGUCCGCCCCCGCCCGCUGAGAUCCAAAUCGGUCCCAAGUCCCCUUCCACGGGUGCGCAAUCGAAUCGCGAAGCCUCGCCGAUGGAGCAGUCUCUCAUUGAAGCUAACUCGAGGCGUCGCAUACACCCGGGAACGAAGGCCGCCGACAUGGCUGCUGGACCGCCGCUUAUCCCCCUUAAUGAGCUCGACUCGGCCUUCCAGCUCCAGGAGCAUCUCGCCGCCCUCCACUACCACCACACCAAGAGCAACAGCGUCCCGAUAACCCGUACGACCGCAAUCCAGCUGGCAACGCCCCCGCCGGGCAUCGACCGCACUCUCUGGCUGUACGAACUGUGUCGCUUCCUCAUCUCGCAAUGCAACACCCUCAUUGUCGGCUUCCUCUUCGACUCCCCACCCUGCAGCGCGGCGACGUGUCCCGAGAUGCGCGCGUCAGAGUGGCAGUUCCUCUGUGCCGUCCACGAGCAGCCCAAGAGCUGCUGCGCCAUUGAUUACUGCUGCCACACGCUCGACUGGGCCGCCAACAUCGUUACGGACCCCAAAAUCUUCCCCUCGCGCUUCGUCGUCCUCUCCGACGUCCACAACAAGGGUGUCGCCGUCAAGAACCUCGUCAACGUCUUUCGCCGCUUGCAUCGCAUCUUCGCGCACGCCUGGUUCCAGCACCGCGCUGUCUUCUGGACCAUUGAGGGCCAGACUGGACUGUACGUCUUCUUCAAGACCGUAUGCGACAUGUACGACCUCCUCCCCGCCGAGAACUACAAGCUCCCACCUGAGGCCGAGGGCCUGGAGACGGCAACGGCGGUGCCUGAUGCCAACGGUGGUGAUAAGAAGCCGCUUCCAAUGUCCAUUGUGAAGCCCAGCCACCGUGAGAGCCUCGGACAGAGCGAAGACGACAACUUUCAGCCUGUUGGCCGUACUGCUACGAGACGUCAUGUCAGGGCGAGUCCCUCUGUUGGCAGUGCUGUGACGACAGUGGUGGAGGCUGACGAGGAAGACAACGUUGUAACAAAUAAGUUGCGGGAGAUGCGCAUCUCUGCCCCCGAGACGCUCGAGGAGGAGCCCGAAGUGGCCGACGUGCCGGUGAUUGUUGAAAAGGAGAUUAUUGGAGAUGCGUCGCCCACAGAAGAAAAGGAGGAGGCCGCUGCGGCAGAGCCUCAAGUGGUCGAAACCGACUACCCUGAUACAGAAUCCGAUGCGGAAACGACUUUGGUCUAUGAAGAAACCGAGGGCGGUAUGGCCCACCCAAACCAACCGCGGCUAGAUCUGAACUUCGAGGAGGAUGAGGACGUUCCUGCAUCAGGAAGCGAGGCAGCAGCCGAAGGCGCCGACGAGCCUAAAGACGCAGAUGACAAGACGGUGGAUGAGGCUCCCGAUGCAGCAGCUAAGGAUGACGAUGAAUCUGGCGAGAUUCCAGACGUCAGCACUCACGACUUUGCUCAGGAGUCAACCGCCAAAGUAGACGAGACUACGACGACAACAGAUGCCGCAGAUGCGGACAGCAAGGCUGAAGAAGCCGACAAGGCGGAGGAAACGGAGCCGAAGCAAGAGGCAAAGGAGGAGAAGGCGGAGGAGGCCGAGGGGGGUAAGAAGGAGGCAUGA